CGCCCGGAAAUAUAGGGGGUUGUGCAAAAAAGCGAAUUUUAUUCACUUCUACUUUUGUUAUUAUUUCUCUCUAAAUUUUAUCCAACAACUCCUCCCCAUUUACUCAUCACUCAACUCACUUUCUCUCUCUCCUCCUCAUCUCACUUACUGUAUCUCUCUGCCACACAUCACAGGCUUACACCAGCUGCUGCCCCCGCUUCUCACUCUCUCUCUCCUCACCAACAGCGCGCAGCAGCAGCAGCAGUAGCAACAGUCUGCGCGCACUGCAAACAAAGCAACACUCUUUGGCAGUGACAUCAAAAACAAACAAUGCAAAAUAUGGUCCAUUUUUACAAGAAAACAAAUUAACCCCACAAAAAAAUCUCCAAAUAACCCCAUUAUAAUUAAUUUAACACAAUACCCAUUUCAUAAUUUUGCAAAUAAAACAACCCCUUUUGAUUUGACACCUUAAAUCUCAAACCCCUCAUCUUCAAUCCUAGAGAGAGAAAGUGAUACUUUAGGUUUCUAGGGAGAGAAAUUCUUCUUCUUAGCCCCCUCUUUUUAGCAAUGCAGUGGGUUCUCAGUUUAAGUACCUGUCUUACCUAAGUUUAACCCCCUUGUAGAAAUUUUCACAAUCCCCCAUUUUACCCCAAUUCUUUCUUUCACUCUCUCUAAAAAUCCCAUCUUUCUCCCUCUAGAAUUGUGCUAUGAUGGGUGUCUUAAUUGACUUAAACACUGUCAAUGAAGAUGAAGAAGAUAACAACAGCAACAUCAGCAACAACAACUACAAUUACCAAAACACUCUCCAAAAUCAUCUUCAAAAUUCUUCAUCAUCUGUUUGUAUGGAGCUAUGGCAUGCUUGUGCUGGCCCACUCAUCUCUUUGCCUAAGAAGGGUAAUUUGGUAGUUUACUUGCCUCAAGGUCACCUUGAAGAACAUCACCAACAAAAUAAUUUGCCUGGUUUUGAUUUUUCUCGUGGGAUUAACAGUAACAAUCAUAAUUUUGAUUCCCACCAAAGCAAUAUUCCUCCUCACGUGUUCUGUCGAGUUCUUGAUGUCAAGCUUCAUGCGGAAGUGGCAACAGAUGAGGUUUAUGCUCAAGUUUCUCUAAUCCCAGAAAGCCAGAUUGAGGAGAAAUUGAAAGAGAGUGAGGCUGAUAUUGAGGGAGAUGAAGAGGAUUUUGAGGACCUUGUCAAAUCUACAACACCACAUAUGUUCUGCAAGACUCUUACCGCCUCGGAUACCAGCACACAUGGUGGAUUUUCUGUCCCUCGCCGUGCUGCAGAGGACUGCUUCCCUCCCCUGGAUUACAAGCAGCAGAGGCCAUCUCAGGAGCUGGUUGCAAAAGAUCUGCAUGGAUUAGAAUGGAGGUUUAGGCACAUUUACAGAGGCCAGCCGCGGAGGCAUUUGCUUACUACAGGAUGGAGUGCUUUUGUGAACAAGAAGAAGCUAGUCUCUGGAGAUGCGGUGCUCUUCCUCAGAGGUGACGAUGGAGAGUUGAGGCUAGGAAUCCGAAGAGCAGUUCAGCUAAAAGGAUCAGGCUCUUUUCCUGCUCUCCCCACUAGACCAAUGAGCAAUAAUAGUGUAUCGGCUGCACUUGAUGCCGUUUCUUCUGGACGUGUUUUCAAUGUCUGCUAUAACCCAAGGGCAAGUUCGUCUGAGUUCGUCGUACCAAUCCGGAGGUUCUUGAAGAGUUUGGAUACUUCUUUUAAUGUGGGAAUGAGGUUCAAAAUGCGUUUCGAGGCAGAAGAUGCUGGUGAAAGAAGGUAUACUGGAGUGGUCACCGGUAUGGCUGAGUUGGAUCCGGUUAGAUGGCCUGGUUCGAAAUGGAGAUGCUUAAUGGUAAGGUGGGAUGAUGUAGAGGUUAACCGCCAUGGCAGGGUCUCUCCAUGGGAGAUUGAACUAACUGGUUCAUUUCCAAGUCCCAGCAGCAUAAUGGCCUCUGGUCUAAAAAGGAGCAGAAUUGGUUUGCCAUUAUCAAAACCAGAAUUUCCGAUUCCAAGUGGAGUUGGAAUGGCAGACUUCGGAGAAUCCAUGGGAUUCCGGAAGGUCUUGCAAGGUCAAGAAAAAUUAGGUUGUCGUUCAGCCUGUGAUGGGAAUGACAACCCACAUCUCCCCCCAUCUGAUCCAGGAAGACGCUUCCACAGCUCCGUUCCUCCAGGAGAAUUUGGGAGGACUGCCAAAGGCGGCAUAGGCUUCAGGGAAUCAUUCCGAUUCCAAAAGGUCUUGCAAGGUCAAGAAAUACAUCAUCUAAGUCCGGCUCAUUUAGAUGGUUUAACAUCAUCACUCAACCGGGGUGGUCAUGAGGGUUGUGGUGGACCCCUUGAAAUUUACGAGGGAGUGCAGGUGCCAAACUCAUGUGGAACCGGAUGGUUAAAGGCACAAGUAUCUUCACCAUCCUCGAUAUUAAUGUUCCCACAUCCAAGCAUUCAACAGCAAGCUAGGAGCAGCUUCAGACCGCCCAUGUCCCAACCCAGGUUGAUGAAUUAUUCCGGUGUUCCUGCUGCAUACAAUUUUCUGUCAAAAGCCAGUGAUGAGUUGGUUCCCUCUGGUAAAGCCAGCUGCAGGUUGUUUGGUUUUUCUUUGACCGAGGGGGAACACGAUCACAGGGUGGAUAAUGAGAGAAAACAUAGUAACUCGUUUCAACCUCCCGAGAGUUCGUUUUGGCCUCUCGUUGAAGGACAGCCAUGUUACAAGUCUCCUUCUGUGAACAAAGUUGGCAGCAAUUGUCCUGGAACAAACGAUCUAUAUGCUGUAAGGGAUAUGCUCCUUGAUAUCGCCCUUUAAACUCGGCGUUUUACAAGAUCCAGAUCCACUUUAGGGCUUUGAACAAAAGAGUGGUUCAAUGGCCCAUCAUAGACAGUUUAGUAGGAGAAACUUCAGAAUGUAUUUGCUGCAACAUUGGUAUCAAGUCACAGAUGAAAAGAAGACUCGGGAUAUUCCCUCGAUCAAGUUGUUUCAGUUAAUCAAAGGAUGAUUUGUAAUUGUCUAACUUGCUUCUUUAGUGUAGAUGAAAACUAAUGAUGCAUGUAUGAAUUUUUUUUCCCUUCAAGAUUUGAUUGUAAUGUCAAUCACAUGUUUUCUUCCCGGAAUAAUAAUGCUAUGUAUUUAUUUCCAGAAGAACAUUGUACAACAGCGUUACAGUACACAUAGCUGACACGAGCUUAAUAUGCUAGCGCUGAAAGUAAGCGAAAGUAAUAUGGUUCCCAUGCCUUUUAUUGUAUGUAUA